GCACGAAUACAACAUUUGCAGAUAGUAUCCUUUUUUUUUGUCAUCUUGCAGAUAGUAUAUAGUACUGAAAAUUAAUGGCUUGAAAAAAAAUUAGUGAUGAUUCUGAUUUUGUAGUUGUGGGAGGAUACAAAUCAAAUUAUCAAUCAAGGAUACUAAUUACUUGUUACUUAUAUUACCAAUUGGUUUUAAAAUUUAUGGUUGGCUGUGCUACAACUAAAUUGCUUUAUCCUUGUAUAAAAUCUGUAACUUUAAAUUAUUAAAAAAUAUUUUAAUAUAAAUGUUUUGUAUGUAUUAGUAGUAUAUAUUACCAAUAAAUUAUUAAAACUAUUGUUGGCUUGAAUAGAAUUAGAGUAAAAAAAUCUAAACGUGUGGCCACCACCGACCUCAAACAAACGUACCGUAUAUAAGAAGCAUAUCAAUCAGAUGUUCGACGUCUAUAUUCUACUUUAGAGAUAAAAGAUGGCGUCUCGAUUUCCCUUCUCCACUCAAACCCUCUCCUAAAACUUACUCUCAUCUUCGCUUACGAUCUUUCUCCAAAUCAGUGUUCUCGACUUCUAGACGAAACCCUAAUUUUCAAUCUUAGGGUUUUGUCUUAAUACGAUGCUGGUGGCUAAUUCCGAGUUCUCUUCAUCUAUUUUACCUCGUUCGCCGUUAAUACCAAACCCCGUCGAAACCAUAGACGAGUCGAUUGGUAAUAAUCAGGUCUCGUUCUCGACGGAGGAGGUCUCAGUUCCGCCUCGAAACUCGGAUGAGCCUCUCUCUACUCCGUUGGACGAAACCCUAAUCGCGCCUUCUCCGUUACGUCUUGAGCACGGCGAGUGCAGUGAUGCUCAAGUCAUGAACAAGCCUAUAAAUCACUCUAAGAGAAACGAUACACACUUGGACAUUUGUUUGUCUAAAUCUCCAGAUAAUCGCCAACAAUGGUCUCCCAAUGUUUCACCUGGAUCCGAUACUGAUGUUGACUCAGGGAACCAACCCUUGUGGAGAUUCAGACAAAAACCUCCAGAGAUCGUGGAAUCCCCUUGUGUUGGUGCUGGACUUUUGAACCUAGGCAACAGCUGUUUCAUUAACUCAGUCUUGCAAUGUUUCACUCACACCGUGCCUCUUAUCGAGAGCCUCUACGCAUACCAAUAUGAAGACCCUUGUAACUGCAACCAGAGGUUCUGUGUGAUAAGGGCUCUUCGAUAUCACAUUGGUGUUGCACUCGAGACCACUUCAGUAUUUUCAAUAUCUCCGGUCUAUUUCUUUAACAAUCUCCGUUGUUUUUCACCUGACUUCCGGCGUUACCAACAAGAAGACGCACAUGAGUUUCUACAUGCGUUUCUGAAUAAGUUGGAGAUAUGUUGUUUGAAUCGAAGAAAUGAUGUUAACUUUGUUCAACAUAUCUUUGGUGGUCGUCUCGUCAGUGAGCUUCGUUGCUGCAACUGCAACUACGUUUCCGAGACAUUUGAAGAUUCUCUUGGGUUGAGUUUGGAAAUUGAAGAUGUUGAUAACCUUCAAAGUGCACUAGAUUCCUUUACUCGUGUAGAAAAACUUGAAGAGCAAAUGAAGUGUGAUAACUGUGAUGAAAAAGUUUCAAAGGAGAAGCGACUCUUGCUACAAAAUUUGCCACAGGUUAUCACAUUUCACUUGAAGAGAUUCAAGAAUAAUGGAUAUUUCAUGCUGAAGAACUGUAACUAUGUCGAGUUUCCGUUGGAGUUAGACUUGCAACCAUAUAUGAGCAAUGACCAAGUUGCUGCAAAAUAUUAUCUUUAUGCUCUUGUGAAGCAUUAUGGAUCAUUAGCUUAUGGUCAUUACUCUUCCUUUGUGAGGUCAGCCCCAAGUAUAUGGCAUAAGUUUAAUGACAAACAGGUCACUAGAGUCGAUGAAGAUUGUGUGUUAUCACAAAAUUCAUAUAUUCUUUUCUAUGCAAGAGAAGGGACUCCAUGGUUUUCAACAGCCAUUGAAGAGUUACAUCCAAUGACCGAAGAAGAUACUAGCUCGGAAUAUCCUUCGCCAAAGUCCGUCUCUGAUCCUAGCAACGAGGAGUGUUCAUCUGAAAUCAGUUCUGAGAAUGUAUCCAAAAAGGGAUGUGGCUCAGCGGGAGUAUCAGACCUAUUACAUGUCGAGACAGAAGAGAGUUGUGGAACCCACUCCGACGAGCCUAAGGAAGAUAAUGAGUUGUCUCAAUCUGAAGAGUCUAGUGAUGAGGAAUCUUCCAUGGAAGUGCUUUUGGACCAGCAUGAUCCUGAUGAUGAUUCCAACAACUCAUGCACUGAGAAAGAAGCAGAUUCUUGUUUUGCCACUGAAAGAGCUACAACUGGUGUUGCCUUUUCUCCUUAUUUGAUAGGCUCGUCACCAAAAAAGCCGGAAGGAAAUUUUCAAAUUCAACUCGAACGAGUGGAAGCUAAAAAGAACUAUGAAGAAGAAGAACCUUACAAGCAACCAUUACUAAUAAGCCUCAUGAAGAAACCUCCACCACGUGAUAGAGAGUUGGGCGAAGCUAUGUCUACAUCUGGUUCUGCACAAAAAAAACUAAAAACAUCAUGAAAUUGUCUAGCAGUCUGGACAUGUAUCUUAUCAGCUUUCUUGAUCGCUUAAUUAGCUAAGAAGCAUCUUCUAGGUGUGAUAAGGGAAAUAUUGGUGGUGACUUUGAUUAGAUUAAAUCAAACUUUAAUACUUUGUGCAUAGUAGCUGAUUUUGGAACUUCCGGUUGAUUUGACUUGUUUUGCUGAUUAAUAAAAACUUUAGAAUCAUUCUGUCAAUGACUUUGUUUUUGUUCUAACUCCGAACUUCAAACGCCUAAUGGCGACAAAUUAAUAAGAUCACUACUAUAGACCAGACCACAGGACAGUAGACAACAAUUUGUUAGUGAGAUGAAAGCCGGUCGGUUUGGUUCCGGUCACUUUCAAACCACUUGAUUAACCAAUAAUUCAAUUGAAAUGAAAUUUACCAAGUUAAAUACACUAAGUAAAGUGUUAAAGCCUGAAGAUUAUUUGGACUAUGAUUAUUUUUUUUUCAAAUUUGAGUAGCAAUAUACUAGUCUCC